AAAUCAUCAGAUAAAAACACUUAUUAAGAAUUUAACAUUGAUAUUUUUAUCUUACAUUGUUUGGACUUCAAUAUGACGAAGUUCUUGGCCGUGUGCUUCAUAGCACUGUUGGGGGGUGUACUUGGUAUCGACAAAAGUUUGACAGCAGAUGUUUCCGGUGAAGAUGUCGUAGAAGAGGUUAUAGAGAUUAUAGAGGGUGCUUGCAUCUUUCCUGAUGAUAAAUUAUUUCUACGUCGUCUAGCUUUCGUGGAAUCUCUUGACGGUAAAGAUACGAAGACGUACAGAUCAGGUUAUAAUGGCGGAAUUUGGCAGGUGGAUGAGGCUAUAUUCCAAACAACACAGGUUGCCACGAGUGGCAUGACGCAGAAACAUAAUGAAAUUAAGAGUAACUUCCAUAUUGAUUGGCUGAGUGCAUCAUGGGAAGACCUUAGAAAGCCACUCUACUCUGGGAUUGCGGCAAGACUAUACUUAGCCUUCCAAAGCGAGAUCCCGCUCUCCUUGACCGACCAGGCCACUUAUUGGCAGAAAAACUACAGACCGGAUGGCAAUCAACAAGACUUCGUCACAAAGGUUAAUGAGCUAGAAUCAGUAUGUGACAAACUCGCUGGGGUGGACCUUGUAUUCAUUCUCGAUGCCUCUGGCAGCAUUAAGAGCAACAACUUUGAGAAGAUCAGGGAGUUCACCAGAAAGGUCGUUGAAGCCUUCGAAAUUGGUCCAGAGAAGAAUCGUGUUGGCUUGAUCCAUUUCAGUAACCAUGCGACAGAGGAAUUCCAAUUGAAUACUCAUCUUGAUAAAUAUAGCCUCAUUUCUGCUAUAAACCAGGUUACUUAUGAGGAGGGAGGGCACACAAACACUGGAGCAGCCUUGACCAUUAUGUACCAGGAUAGUUUUACGGAGAGCCAUGGGGCACGUCCUAAAUCGGAGAAUCGUCCAAGAGUCGCUAUCGUUCUCACUGAUGGGAAAUCGCAAGACUAUCAUGGAACCGUGGCUGCAGCAAGAUUGGCCAAAAGUUUUGAUAUCAGAAUUUACGCCAUUGGAAUUGGAUCAGAAGUGAAUGAGGAAGAGCUAACACAGAUAGCAUCCAACCCAGAUUGCACCCAUACAUCUCAUCUGUUCUCAUUUGAUGAAGUUGCUGAUGUUGUUUACUCUAUCCAACGUGAUGUCUGCAAAGAAAUCCCAAAGGUUCGCCAGUGUAACCCCUGUACUCAGACAGCCAUGGAGCACAAUAUCUUCUACCACCCCCAUAUUGACCCCACCAAGUUCAUACAGUGUGACGCACACGGCCAACAGUUUGAGAAGGAUUGCCCAGAAAACCAAUUUUGGGAUCAGUCAGUUAUGGUCUGUGUUAAUACACCAAAGAAUGGCAGAUCCCUUGUACCUGGAGUGAUCCCAGCCUCUGCUAUGGCAGUGUGUUCUCUUGAUGGUGUAGAAAAUGGAGAAAUAUUUCAUGAACAUCCGGAGGAUAACAGCAAAUAUAUCAAGUGUGAUGAGUGUGGAAAUGGUUGGAUCAUCCCUUGCGGUGAAUGGAAAUUAUGGGACCAAGCAAAGAAGACGUGCAUUGAAGACCCCAACAAACCACCAGAAAAAGUCCCUGGGACCUGCGACCCGAACCCUUGCACACAGGAUAACAUAGACAAAGGCAACUUUUAUUUCCCUGGCCCUGAUGCGUACCAUUUCUGUCAGUGUGAUGAAUGGGGAGGUUCAUUCGUGAUGCCAUGCCCCCCUGGCUUGGAGUGGGACCAAAGCAUACUCACAUGUAACUGGCCAUAGGUGGCAGCACUGAUCUUAACCAACCCAGACGGUGGAAAUAUUUGAAUAACUUUUUCAAACCUGAGCCAAUCAAAUUUGACUAUAGACUGACUGAUGGAUAUAUUUUAUAUUUAAACAUAUAUUAUUUAAUUGAUUAAAAUAGUAAAAUAGCGUAUUAAUAAAUAAUUGUGCAGGACACACUGACUAAGUCUGUAAGUAUCGUUAAAAAUCAUUGCCUAAAAAUCUAUUUCAAGCUAUGUUACAUCCUCUUAAGCAGGUAUCCAGAAUCCGUACCUCCUUCUUCCCCCUGCUAUAACCCGAUUAAACUGAAUCACGCGAUCU